GAGAGGAAACGAGCAGCAGCAGGCACUUUGCUGGCUCUUGGCUCCCUCGGGGGAAUUUUAUAUUGUUUAUAUACAUUUUUUUAGCCAUUUAGUAUCGUUUUUCCUACCAACUUUUAAUACUUUACUACAAUGGUUUUAUAGCAACAAAGCCUGGCAAGAAUUGGUUGUAGCCAGCUUGGAAACCCUUGAUUUUUUCCCUCCCUCUCCUUUCGACAAAGGCUGCCGAUGAGCCAGCAAGGAAGCUGAACUAGAUAAUUACACGACGUUUUUAUUUGCUAAGAAUAAAAUCCAGUGAAGUUAUUACCGAUGCACUGUCUUCCCUUAAUUUAAAAGCGACCUACCGUUGCUGCUGUCGCCAAAGCUAACGUUUCGUUGACGGAAGAGAGCAAAGCUAACGUUAACGGCAGCCAGCCUCAGGGAAGAAUGACGGCUGUUCAGCUAAUCAAUAUCCAACGGUUAUUGGAAGCUGCGGAAUAUCUUGAAAGGAGAGAAAGAGAGUGUGAGCACGGAUAUGCUUCGACGUUUCCAUCAAGCCAGAACACAAACUACCAGAGGCAACGAAAAUUCAGAAAUAAGAAGUUUAGCAGUAACCACAACAGGUCCACACAUAAUGAGCUGGAGAAGAACAGACGAGCUCACCUGCGGCUGUGUCUGGAGCGGUUGAAGGCCCUCAUACCUCUGGGACCCGACUGCAACCGCCACACCACCCUGGGCCUGCUCAACAAAGCCAAAGCACACAUAAAGAAACUUGAAGAGACAGACAGGAAGAGCCAGUACCAGCUGGAGUCUCUGGAGCGGGAGCAGAGGCACCUCCAACGUCAGCUGGAGCUGCUGAGGGGAGGCAGCAGUGCUGCGGCCCAGAGCAGCCCAGGAGAGGGCGAGAGGAUACGCAUGGACAGUGUGGGCUCCACCCUCUGCUCUGACCGCUCUGACUCUGACCAAGAGGAGAUCGAGGUGGACGUUGAAAGCACGGAGUUCUCCCAUGGAGAGCUGGACAGCGUCAGCACAGCCAGCACCAGCGACCUGGACGACCACAGCAGCCUGCAGAGCAUGGCCAGUGACGAGGGCUACUCCUCCUGCAGUGUCAAACUUGCCUUCUCCUCCUAGAGCUCCACACCAACUCCACCUCUACAACCACCACCUCCACUUCCCUGCCAAACCUGCCUGCCCUCCCAUCCGUUUGUCCAUUGAGCAACGUCUACAUACGUAUCAAGUCACAACCCACGGAGGCCACAGCUAAUGGCGUUCUUGUUGGCACCUUCUUUUGCUCCAAGCUUUUAGUUUCUUCCCUUCUUGUCCCCCUGUGGUGCUGGUGGCGAUGCUCCACUCAGAGCUCUUCCUCACCUCUGAACUUUGAGCAGACCCAACCAAUGCACACACCAGGGACCCCAACACCGAGACUGCCAGCUGGAUUUGAUCUUCUUUAUUAGGGAGAUUAUAUACUCAGUUAAUUUAAAGAGUACAAAACAGAAGUUUUUUAUCCCAAGCUUUGAAAAAUGAUUUUACCUCCUUUAGUUCCUGUAAAAAGUCUGAGUUUUUAAUACACACAACCCCUAAAUCAAUCCAAAAUGCACUUAAAUUCAUGUGAUAUUGAAAUGAUUCAGAUCUUUUGUUUGGUUUUCUCUCCUGUGGGUGAGUGUUCGAAUGUGAGUGUAUUAAGCCGAUCCUAUCUUAAUGUUGUCGUGUUGGGGCCUGGAUAAACAGGAGCACAUGUAAUCUGGACUAUAAUGAACACUGUGGGUGAACUUUGCCAUAUUGACGCAGCUUGGCCCUGAUAAACAUCUCCCCUCACCCCCUGAGUUUAAUUCCUUACCUUUUUGUUUUCAUUACCUCUGCUCUACACCGCAGAAGCUCGAACUGGUGCUAUUGUGAAACAAACCAACAGGGGAGCAGAUCAGAUCCACCACCACAAAGCUUUUAAAGCAAACAAAGUGUGGCUGCCGUGAUUGUUUCCAACAGAGCACGGAGGAAAAGCAACCACAAAAGAAGAAUAAAAAGCAUUCCUGUCGAAUGUGGGUGCUCAGUGCUUUUACAAAGAGUGGAAAUUGUAUUGUGUGUUUCGUUUUGGUUUCUUCCCCCUUCGACAAGCAGCUACAACAAGCUAUCCUGCACUUGCCUACUUUAGAGCUGUCCAUGGAUACAGCACAAACCAAGAAGUAAAUACAAUAAACCAACAACAGCAACAAGGAAGAAAUCCAAACAACAAACUUGUCUCCAGCAGUAACAAGCAAUAACUCUUUUAGUCAUUUUUGUCUUGUCAGUUUGAACUCCCUCCUUGUUUUUUCUUUUCUUCCCUGAAGACUGUGACCGUCCAAAAAGCAAAUUUCCUUUUUUCUUUUGUAAAUACAAAUAGUUUAUUAAAUUGAUCUUUAAAGAAGAUUUAAAAAAAGGUAGAGCUCAUGGAUAGAACUGUUGCCUCUGUUGCUGUUUGACCUGUGUUUAUUGUGCAUUUUAAAUUUUUGGAAAGAUUUUACCCGCUUCACAGUGGCAGCGAAUGUGGCACGGACACUCUCACUUUGUUCUGGAAACAUUGGGAAGUUUUAUUCUGUCGCUGCCCUGAGAAAGAAAAAUACUUUUUAAAGUGAUAAAAGAUAAUAGAACAACUUCCCAUCCAGUUGCAGAAAACCUCCCAGUAGGACAUCUGGUGGAGAACGCAGAGUUCUUGUGGCACUCCUUUUAUUUAUUAGAGUUUUUCCUCUUGUUUAUUUAAUGUUCAUGAUUUUGGGGAGGAAGCUGUUUGUGGCAUUCCACUGAUGGUGAUCUGUGGAGGAAACGUGUGAAGUGUGCAGGGAAGAAAAAACGGGUGUUUAUGAUGUCAAUGUUCGCCAUCCAGACUCCACUGGCAUUAAGAAUUGCACUUCAACCACACUUCUUUGUCUUUUAUUUUUCUUCUUACACCGCCAUUUUCUCUCUCAUCAAUCUUUUUAUGCCUGAAAGAAAGAAAACACCAUACUUUUAAGUAUUUAUUUCUCAAUCCCUCAAAGAACACAAACAACAGGGAGAAAGAGUUUAACUUAUUUUGGUUCUGUCUUAUUUUACUCUUUAUUUUUGAUGCUUAUUUCUCAUUCCUUAUUCUAAGAAUUGUAUAUUUUAUGGGUCAUUGUUAUUUUUCUCUUUCUUGGGAUGGGUUGGGGAGGUUGGGAGGGGAUAAGAAAUGUAGCCAUUUUGUUUUCUGAUGUUUUAUUCAAUGGACACUUGAAAUGUAAUUGGCCCCUAAGCUGCUCCUAGUGCUGAGCCUCGCCUGGUAAGAGUCACCUUCCUUGUCUGGAGUCCCCGACAAACACAGACCUGAAUGGACUGGAUUGGCUAACAGACAAAAUUGUCUUCUCCUGUUUGGUUGUGUUUGGAGGUGUGUAAUUGAGGGGAUAAUCUCCACACAAGGCUCAUUGAUAGCAAAGACUUCACUGGCAAAUACUGAGCCAGCUACUACACAAUUAAAGGGGUCUCAAACUCCACUCUCCUCUUUUCCGAGGAUUGUAGUUUCUAUUAGAAUUGUAUUUUAGUCAACAAAACGUGUCUUACCUUUACAAUACAAGGCCUCCAAUUGAGGAUAAAAGAUUCACAAAAGAACAAAUCCUUUGCUUUCUCUAAAGGACAUUGUUAAGGUGAAGAGUUUGUGAGCUCUUGAGGAGCUGUGUUGAGGUUGGCACUGAUUUAAAAAGUCACCAUAUUUGGUGCUAGAAUAUAUAUAAAAAAAAAAACAACCACUCUAAAACCACCUCAGAACACCUCAGUGUCCUCUCUUUAUCUCUCUCUCUCUUUGAGGGAUAGUUUACAUUAAUUCUUCCCCUGUUUAAGUUAUUAACCUUCAGAUUCUCUUUGUUUCUGUCUUUUUUUUGUCUUCAUAUGUUGUUUUUAUGAGCCGUCACUGCUGACAGAAAAAAAAGGUCCCAUGUUUGAUGACAAGUAUAUUUAACUGCUCAUACACUGCAAAAACUCCAAUUUAAGUGGGUUCAGUUGUCUCAUUUUGGAUCAAAAAUACUAGAUAAGAUAAUACUUUAUUGAUCCCCAGAGGGGAAAUUCUGGGUAUUUCAUUACACGUACUAUAAGCCAUAGUCCAUGACAAGAUAUGGUAUAAUAGGUGGAAGUGGCGAACAAGCAGUCAUGGCUACGGGCAAUGUAAAACCACCAGAUAGCUUAUCAAGCAUGUUCUUUUUAGACCAGGUAGCAGGGGAGAACAUGCGCACUUCACAUGGAAAGACCCUGUCCAACAGGAAUUUGACCCAGGAACACUCUAGGUGAUGCCGCCUUUUAAAGCAAUUCAAGUCUCAUUGGUUUUUUUUUUUAUCUUAAAUGAACUUUUGACUAAAUGUGGCUCAGUACAAGUGUAAUUGAAUUUUGACUUGAAAUUUGACUCCCAAAAACCCCACUUAGAUAUGAGUUGUUGCAGUGUGGAUGAAAUUCCGCUACAUGUAGUAAAAGUUGUACUAUGAUAGGAGGAUUCUGUUAGUGUUGGGUUUCAUUGUUUAUCACAAAAAAUGUGUGAAAACUCUCUGGAACUCAUUGUCUCCUGUGGCAAACAAGUCUGAGCUUGAAUUCCAAGAAGGGAUAAAACAAUCAAUAAGGACAGAUUUUACUGAAGCCAGGUGUGUUCUCUCUCAUGUGAGUGUUUGUGCGUGCAUGCUCCGUGUUCUUACUGAGGCUGAGUGUAAGAGAGACACCUGGUCCAUGACGUGUCUGCACUGAUCUCAGUGGGCUCUUCAGACUUGUGAUUUGUCAUAAAAAAGAUAAGUCUGUCCAGUAGAAAGCGUAAAAACUGAAGGCUCUGUUACAUAAUUUGCAGAUAUAUUUUUUGCAGAGUUAAACUGUCAUAACUGCAGACUGCUCAUGGAUCAGCCCGAGUUAUUCUAGUUUCUGGCUGUGCUGCAGAUUCAACACAAUAUCAUAUCUUCAUAAGCUGGUGAUCACAAAGCUAUAUUUUUACCUCUGUGUUUCAGGUUAGGUGUAGACAUGUGCACCAUACUCCGGUUCAGGUCAGGGUUUAACUUUCCCAGGAAUGUUGAGUUCAGAUUUGCAGCUUGGCCAGAAGUGUACCAGCUCCAACAAAGUGGGAGUUGCAGUAUUUUUUUAUUUUUUUCAGUAAGCCACACUCCAUGCUGGCGUCGGUCUCACAGGAAGUUGACUUUCUAGCCCAAACAGACGAGUAGGGAGUCCUCCUGAUGUUCUGAACCUGUGGCCAUCCUUUGUAAAACAUGCAGUCUGAUGGUGAUGAUGAUUCUAGCUGUGUAAGUUGAAGAUGCAAUACUUACAAUAAAAACACCAAGAUUUUCA